AGUUACUCGCUGUGGCACAAAUGCACAACUCCGUGGAAAGCGUCUGCCUAAAAAAUAAUAGCAGUGGGUCAAAAAUAACAACUUGCACUUUAAUCCAAUUCAAAUAAUCACUUCCACCCAUAAAUGCAGUGUUAGUAACCACAAAUAAGCAACUGCCUUAAACACACCCACAUUAGCCAAGAUCCCCCAAACCAUAUCUUUCGAAACACUCUGCCUCGAUAUGAUAAUGGUGAGUGGCGCUAGGUCCUGCUCCUGAAGAGUACUGCAGCUGAUUGCUUUCCGAGCGCCGGUGUGGAGUUUUCUAAACACUAGCGGACAAACGAAGCACAGGUUUCUACGUGGACGAAAAGCAAAAAAAAAAAAAAAAAAAAAAAAAGGAUCUGAAAUUGGAAAUCGAGAACUUAACUGGUCAAGAGUCGUUCCAGCAAACAAAAACCGUGGAUCAGCAUGACAUUGCCAAAAUCGACCUAAACAGUCUCUCAAAGUAAAGCAGUUCUUUUUUUUUUAAAAAUAAGCGUGGUGCCAUCGCUUACAGUUGUUUUAACGUUAUAACUCUGUUCGCCUAGUCCUUCAUCAUGACGACAAAGUCCCGUGUCAUAUACUCUACCGGGAUUAUCAUUGCCAAUUUACUGAUAAUUACUGGAAUCGCCUUGGUUGUGACUCAAGUCUUCCAAACUGUUCUCCAUAACCUCGUCAAAAAGCAAAUAGUUUUGAAGGAAGGCGCAGAUGUUUUUAAAUCCUGGCAGAACCCUGCUCCCCCAGUGUACAUGCAGUACUAUUUCUUUAACGUGACAAACGCACAAGCUGUGAUGCUAGGGGGGAAGCCUGCUGUUGAAGAGAUAGGACCGUACACCUACAGAGAGUACAGGCCUAGAGAAAAUGUGACCUUCCUUGAAAAUGGAACUAAGGUAUCAGCUUUAUCUCCCAAGACUUUUGUGUUUCUUCGAGAUAUGUCGUCAGGGGACCCAGAGGUCGACCUGAUAACAACCGUCAACAUCCCAGCUGUGGCUGUAAUGGAGCAAGUCAAAGGUUCCAUAAUCUUAAGUUCUAUUAUCUCAUUCGGGAUGCAGACCAUUGGUGUCGAAAUGUUCAUGACACGUACCGUUAAUGAGCUUUUGUGGGGCUUCAAAGAUCCUCUUCUGACCCGACUUCGUGCGUUCAAACCAGAGGUCGAGGAAUACUUUGGGCUCAUGUAUAAGAAAAAUGGUACCAGUGAUGAUGAGUUUGUGUUCCACACAGGAAUGCAGGACUACAAAGACUUUGGUAAAAUUGUCUCCUGGAACGGUGAAAGCAAAAUGAAGUGGUGGUCCUCCAAUGAAAGCAACAUGAUCAAUGGCAGUGAUGGAAGCUCCUUUCACCCACUGAUAGGAAAGAAUGAAUCACUAUACAUCUUUUCACCUGAUCUAUGCAGGUCUAUAUAUUUAACCUUUGAAAAGGAUGUGGGAAUAAAAGGUAUACCUGCCUACCGGUUUUCCCCCCCUCCUGAAGUUCUUGCCAGUCCUGAAAUUAACCCUGCCAAUACUGGGUUCUGUGUACCAGCAGGAACAUGCAUGGGAACCGGAGUGUUAAAAGUUAGCGUCUGCAGAAAAGGAGCACCUGUCGUAGUCUCAUUCCCACAUUUUUACCAAGCGGAUCAGAAAUAUGUAGAUGCAAUUGAGGGACUGUCCCCAAACAAAGAUGAUCAUGAAACCUACCUAGAUAUUAACCCACUUACUGGGUUCCCUAUGAGAGCGUGCAAGAGAGCCCAGAUUAACAUUUUAGUGGAUCGCAUUGUUGGUUUCCCAAUAACCAAAUAUCUAAACCAGACUGUAUUCCCUGUUAUGUUUAUAAAUGAGAGCUUUGUGAUUGAUGAUACAUCUGCCAAAAGAGUGAGGACAUUGUUGCUGAUUUCAACCAUUGUAACCAACUUCCCCUUAAUCAUUGUUGGGUUGGGAGCGCUCCUGCUGGGUGUCCUAAUAAUCCUACUAUGUAGAUCACGAAUGCAGAAGAAACCCACGGCAAAAGAAGAUACUGCCUACACUCAAGUCAGUGAUAAGCCAGAGGAAAGCUGUGAAAACAACUCAAAUAUUCAGUUAAAGACGUACACAAGCACUUAAAGGGUCAUACAUAAGGACGCCCCAGAGCGAACAUUGAAGGAAUUGGGGCAAAACGGGGUUGGGUUGGGGAGGGAAGGGAAGGGUACAUUGGUUUGGUGGUGGGACAUCGCCAUAAUAAUUCUAACAGUCAAGACAUAACUUCUUUCUUUCAUGGUUUUUCACACAUUGCUGGUAUCGAACAUCAUUUUCUCAUUUCUAAAUGUGCUCUGUGCAGCUAUCCAAAAGGACGGUCGUGCAAAAUAGCCUAAACAAGUUGCACCAUCUCCCUUUCAAUGGCAGUCUGCUUCGACCCAGUUUAAAAGCUGUUUGGAUUGAAGCAUGGAAAGAUCGACCAGUCCAUGGUCACGCUGCAUAGCUGGGAUUUGAGCCCAGUACCUCCUGGCUCCCAGCCCGUAGCCUUUACCACUGGGCUACAAUGCAGAAUAGUAAUAAUGUGUAAGAUACAGUUUUGUUGUUUUUUUAAUGAAAAAAAAUAAUCUGGCAGAGCUGUAAACAGCGCUCUGCUUCUACUUUUCCUUUUUUGACGUUCUUCAGUGUCAGUAUACAAUCAGGGAUACCACAGAAUAUCUCCCAGUUCUGUUGGCAACGGUAUACUUUUCAUUGAGAGGUCUCCCUUUAUUCACAUCAAGCCCUGGGCUGUUUCUGUGAAAAUCGGAAAGCAGGCCAAAUAUUGUUAAUCACGACACUUGUUAGAAAUUGUAUUUAUUUUUGUUAUUAUUAUUUUUUGUGUAAUUUGCUUUACAUCUACGUGGCUAAAAUGAGUAUAAUGUAGGCAAUAGGCUUUUUCAGUUAGUUGUAUAAUUGUGAAAUAAUAUUGCUGUGAUAGACAUGCCUGUCUCCUGCUAGAUUUCUGAGGCACAGUUCCCAUGAGGAUUUGCAGUCCUCAUUUUAGAUUAGUUAGCGUCGCCACUGCUGCUGAUGGAACCCAAAACUUUAGAAUUCAGAGGUAUCUAUGGUAACCAUCACAGCUGUAUUUCCAUGAGCUUCAGUGUGGCACAUUUGUUCAAUUGAGUGUUCACAUAGAUACGGAACAACACUAAGGCAUUACUGGGUGCUUUAAAUAACUGAGCGUCUCGGAGGAAAUAUUUUUUGUGCUCACUCAGAUCACCACUGAAAUCUACUCUGAGCUGCUCAGGAGGAGUGGAACUGAGCAUGCUGUUAAGUGGGUUCUUUCAUUGAGCUGCUCUGAGGGCCUCACUUACUCAGCGCACCCACGAUGUACAGUUAUAGCCAGUAGUGACUGUGGAACUAUGUGUAGAGCAUGUGAAUAUAUAAUUUUUUUAAACAUUUCUUAUUAUUAAAAUAAUCCUGAACCAAAAGAAUAAGAAAUGUACAAUGUGCUAAAGAAAUUUGAAGAAAAUAUGUAUGCAUAUAUUAGCAUAACAUAAAAGUAUGCAUAUAUUCAGAGACCACACAAUGUAAAACAUGAUGUCCCAUACACAGGCAAAAACAGUAAUAAUAAAAAACAUAUAUAAAUACUAAGAGCAGAGUAGUCGGAACCAUAAUGGUAAGGUGCUGUAGGUUGUUUAUGUGUGGUAGGUUUCCGUGAAUGUGUGGCCAAUUGAUUUCAAAGUAAAAUGAAUGUGAUUUUGUUUGUUCAGUUUGGCUAUUUCAGCUAACUGCAUUGCUUUACAACGCAUUUGUGAGAUUAUAAAUGAAGCAGGUGGUUUCUUAUUUCAUUGACCUUGUUAAAUAGGGGAGUGACUGUCUUCAGUUAUUACACCUGAGACACACACACCUGAUUCAUCUCAAGUACUCUCAGGUUAGCGGAGUGCUGACCUAGGCAGUGAAUAUAUCUGAGCCAGGGUUUUUAAUCCAUGACCUUUUGCACUGUGGGCUUUUUCUCCAACCGUUACAGCAGGCACACACCCUGUGCUUUCUAUAUUCAUUAAUUUCACUAACCCUUGUACAGUAAUACCAAUCUAUAUGUUUUGUCUUUUUUCAGACAUUUUUGAGGUAAAAAUCUAGUUUUAUAUAACUGAUAUUAUAUCAAUGAAAACUCGAUAAUACAAAAAUGAUGGUGUACAACUCAACACUGUAGGGUUAAAAUGCUGAACUUUAUUCUACAUGAAAAAUAUAUUACUUUUUGUAAAUUGUGGAAACUUUAAGACCCUCACAGUGACACAUAUCAAAGCGAGUGAUCUUAGUUUUACUAACUGUUACAGAUUAAAUAUGCUUGCAGUAUUAACUACAGUUACAAAUACAACAACAAAGGCAGCAAAGCAGGUUAAACUAUUUUAUAGCAAUUGAUACAUUUGUAAUACUUUUUGUAUGUAAUGAGAUUUUGUUUUUAAAGUGUUCCAAUGUGUUACUAUGUAAGAUUUGAAGCCAUCAUACAUUUCUUAAAAAAAGAGAGGGGGGGGGGGGGGGGGGGGGAGAAGUUCUCAUCCUGACAUAUUAAAUACGAGGGUUGUAGGCUAGGUGAGACACUAUAUUUCAGACACAUUAGUCCAGGAUUUGUAUAUUAAUCAUAAAUGCUGACAAUGACCACAGAUAGAGGUUGCUAAGCAGCACUUUUGUAGUUGGCACAGUAGAAAAGGAACCCGCUGUCCAUGAAAGUUUACUUUGCCUGAAGCAAAUUGGUGCAUCACUUUGUUUUGGAAUGACAUUGUAUUAAUUCCUGGUGAAGCAUAAUGUUUCUAUGUGUGUGUGUGUGUGUGUGAUUAUUAUAACUGACGUACUCAAGCCUCAGACAGGGUCCAGAGGAUAUGUGGUAUUUCUUGAAACUGGUGGUGGUUGUCCAGUAUUUCAGUAAUUUGCAAUUUUAUUAGGAAUUUAGUCAUUGUCACCUGUCAACAAAACACUAGUGUACAGGUUGGCUACCUCAAUUAUUGUCUCUACUUCCAUUUCUAGUGUACAUGUACCUUGUGUGUGUGCAGGAUGAGAACUUUCACAUUAUCAUGUGUCAUUGUUGAUGUUUUUCUAAUCGUAAAUGUAUGCAAAACCAGAUCUUCCUUUACAUUUCAGAUACAGUGCAUACUGUAUGCUGUUGCUGGAAAAGACAAUCUUGGAGAUUUUACAUGUGAAAACGGUUUCAUUUUUGUAUAGGAUUUUCAAAUUUGCGUUACACUGAGUAUAUGUAAAUGUGUGAGUCAUACGUGUGGGUAUCUAAAACAGAAAAUGACAAGAAAACAUUUGUGUUUCAAAAACUGUAUUUGAACAAUUGUAAUGUAAUGUUUCAAAUGACAAAACAAUAAAAACAUAAUGUUUUCAGUA